GAAAUCCUAGAUGGCGUUGCUCUUACCCAAAAAGCUUCGUUAAGGUCUUUUCGUUGAGAAACAAGAUGGGUAUUGACAUCAAUCAUAAAUACGACCGGAAGGUUGUGCGUCGAGAGCCCAAAAGCAAUGAUAUCUAUCUUCGUUUGUUGGUGAAGUUGUAUCGUUUUCUUGCCCGACGGACUGGUGCAAAGUUUAACAAAAUCAUCAUGAAAAGGCUGUUUAUGAGUAAAACUAACAGACCACCUUUAUCUCUUGCACGUUUAGUUCGUAUGAUGAAGAAACCUGGAAGGGAAGGGAAGAUCGUUGUUGUUGUUGGAACUGUCACAGAUGACCCUCGUAUUUUUGAAAUUCCAGCAUUGAAACUGUGUGCUUUACAUGUGACUGAACGGGCCCGAGCUAGAAUUCUGAAAGCUGGAGGAGAAAUCAUGACUUUCGAUCAGCUAGCCUUGAAGACUCCUCGUGGUAAAGGAACAGUUCUCAUUCAGGGUCCCAGGAAAGCACGUGAAGCUUGUCGUCACUUUGGAAAAGCUACAGGAGUUCCCCACAGUCAUACUAAGUAUGUCUCUUUAAUUCUUACUAUAUAUACAUUCAUGUUGAUUAGUGAAAGUGAUGGUAGUAAUCAUUAGAAGAUUGUCUUAAAC